AUUGCCGCGGGGCAGUUCAGGAAAUAAAUGGCUUUACUCCAGCGUGCAAACCCGUGACUGUCCUUUAAUAUUUUCUGUAUCUGUGGGCUGUUCCCUCCCUUUUUUAUACCACCUGAGGAAUAUCGGAGAUAACCAGGCACUAAACACAACGGAGUACACAGAGAAACAUGGUCGUCAAUACAAGCAGAAGUUUGUUAUGUACGCUAUACCGAGAGGCUGUUUCAUUUACGAGUGAUUCGCGCCUCUACAAAAAUGCUUUCCUGUCUAGGCAAGUGUUCCACUGGCAGAGACGAAGUUAUUCUGACAGCGGAACGAAAACCAGCCUGAAUCCAAACAUUUGCUCAUCCCUUGCUGGAAGAUCUUAUAAAGAACUCUACGAAUUAUCACUUAAGGAUCCGGAUUUUUUCUGGGGAUCAGUUGCAAAAGAGAGGCUUUUGUGGAACAGACCUUUUGAUAAUGUAAAUAAUUGUGAUCUCACUCAAGGAAGGAUCAGCUGGUUUCCUGGAGGACAGCUUAACGUGUCUGUUAACUGUUUGGAUGUGCACGUGGCGAAGCAUCCAGAUCGGGUUGCCCUGGUGUGGGAAAGGGACGAACCAGGCACAGAGAUCAAAGUCACUUACAGGGAGUUCUACGAAAGCACCUGUCGCCUUGCCAACACCCUGAAGAGGCAUGGAAUCCACAGAGGGGAUAGGGUGGCCAUUUACAUGCCCGUCUCCCCGUUGGCUGUGGCGGCCAUGCUGGCUUGCGCCCGGAUUGGCGCCGUGCACACCGUGGUCUUCGCUGGCUUCAGCGCUGAGGCCCUGGCCGGUAGGAUCAAAGACGCCCAGUGCAAGGCCGUUGUCACGUGUAACCAGGGUGUGCGGGGGGGGCGGCUAAUUGAACUGAAGGCCACGGUGGACGCGGCCGUGAAGACUUGCCCCUCGGUCCAGUGCGUGUUCGUGGCUCAGCGGACGAGUAACAGAGUGCCUAUGACCGAGCGGGACAUCCCAUUGGAAGAGGAGAUGGCCAAGGAGGCGGUGGACUGCCCCCCAGAGGUGAUGGACAGCGAGGACAUGCUGUUUAUGUUGUACACCUCUGGCAGCACGGGCAAGCCCAAGGGGAUCGUUCACACGCAGGCCGGAUACCUUCUGUACGCUGCUCUCACACACCAGUACGUGUUUGGCUACCAGCCAGGGGAUGUGUUUGGCUGUGUGGCAGACAUCGGAUGGGUGACCGGACACAGCUACGUGGUGUACGGGCCUCUCUGUAACGGUGCCACCACCGUCCUCUUUGAAAGCACUCCUGUGUACCCAAACCCAGGUCGGUACUGGGAGACGGUGGAGAGGCUGGGGAUCAACCAGUUCUACGGAGCCCCCACGUCCAUCCGGCUGCUGCUGAAGUACGGCGAGAGCUGGGUGAAGAAGCACGACAGGUCGUCCCUCAAGACGCUCGCCUCAGUGGGGGAACCUAUCAACCACGAGGCCUGGGAGUGGUUCUACAAUGUGGUGGGAGACAGAAGGUGCCCCCUGGUGGACACAUGGUGGCAGACAGAAACGGGUGGGGUCUGCAUUGCGCCCCGGCCGGCCGAGAAAGGGGCGGAGAUCAUCCCCGCCAUGGCCAUGAGGCCCUUUUUCGGAAUACAUCCGGCCCUCAUGGAUGAGAAGAGGGCGGUGAUAACAGGAAAUGACGUCAGUGGGGCCCUGUGUAUCAGCCAACCGUGGCCUGGAAUGGCCAGGACCAUUUAUGGAGACCACCAGAGAUUUGUGAACACCUACUUGAAACCUUAUCCUGGCUAUUAUUUCACUGGGGAUGGGGCACACCGAUCUAAAGAAGGAUAUUACCAGAUCACAGGACGCAUUGAUGAUGUCAUUAAUGUCAGUGGCCAUCGACUGGGCACUGCGGAGAUCGAGGAUGCCCUGGAUGAACACCCAGAGGUUCCAGAAACAGCUGUGAUUGGUAUUCCUCAUGAUAUCAAAGGGGAAGUUCCAUUUGCUUUCGUGGUUUUGAAAGAGGACGAUUCCCUUGACCAUUCCGCGGUGAUUGAAGAACUCAGAGGCCUGGUGGCUACCAAAAUCGCCAAGUAUGCCAUUCCUGAUCACUUCCUGGUUGUGAAGCGGCUCCCGAAGACUCGCUCCGGGAAGAUCAUGAGGCGGAUCCUGCGGAAGGUGGCCAUGGACGAGACGGGUGAUCUGGGCGACGUUUCCACCCUGGACGACCCCGGCGUGGUCACCGAGAUCGUCAGGGCCUACGAGCGAUUCAUCAGCCAGCCCACUCCGAAACGAUAAACGCCGUCCUCCUGCCUGGUGGAGCGGUGUGUCCGGUGCAGGGCUACCUUCCUCAUCUUAAACCGUCAUUUCAAACCGUCAUUUCAAACUGCCAUUUCAAACCAUCCAGGAAAGAUCACGUGGAUACAGGAUUUCAGAUGUCACUCAGUUCACUACUGUCCUUGCUGACCUUUUAUUGACGUGCACUGUACACGUAUGCGGGUUCAGCCGCAUGCCACUAGCCUGUAAUCGUUUGUCUGACAGAAAGAUACGGAGAGAAAUUCUCCUGACCUCUAAAUCGACGGUGGAAAAAGCGUACGUGCAUUGGGGUGUGUUGUAUGAUAGCCUUCCAGGGCACUAAACAACCCAUCACUGUUCACUGCCUGGACAACCUGGCAUCUAAACCAGAAAAAAAUAGAUAUUAUUUGAUCAUGCUCACUGCAGAUUUUAUCAUGAUGCUUUCAGUCAUGUGCGCACCAGGAAUAUGGCUGGCUACAAGACAAUCAGCAUGACUGUGGCCUUCCAGAACCCAGAAUUGCCUUACAAAACACUCUGGUGCUUUUUAGUGUGUGUAAAUAUACUAUUGAUCGGCAGCUUGUUGCACUAAAUGUCAUUUUAAGUUGGUAAAAAACUGAUAACCUUUGUUUGUAGUAUUUAAAACCAAAUUAAGUAGUGGUUUAAUACUCAAUAUUACAAUAAUUUUGGUAUCGAGGAACUAUCAAAUUUCAAUAAAAAUCAAUUGUAUUGAUACUAUAAAUAAUAUAAACAAAAAUAAUUCAUAAAGUUUUUAGGCAAACAAAACUAUGUGAAAACAGCCUAAUUUAAAUGUAUUGUUCCACAGCCUACAGAGGCAGAAGUUGUAUGUGGUACAUGUAUAUGGCAUCUAGUACAAACAACUUGGUUUGUCAUGGACUCAACCCAAGAUCAUUGUACAAUUGUAUAUAAACCACCAUGUGUCUGGUUAAAUAAUGAAGUCAUUCAUGUUUUUAAUGUUUUUUUUUUGUUGUUUGUUUGUUUUGCACUUUGCAAUUUUGUUGAGACAUUAUAAAUAUACAUCUAUGUGACAAAUAAAAAUUGCAGUUGGUGCAACUAUGUUUUCAAAA